AUGAGAUUGCAAAAUAUAAGGAGUAUCGGAGAAGAAUCUCAGACCAUCGACUUCAUCAAGCCUUUGACAAUCAUCCAAGGUCCGAAUGGAACGGGGAAAACAGUAGGAAAAGGAGUUACUUUGACCUUCUUUAGACUGCCGUCGAGGCUCUGAAUUUCGUCACAAGUGGGACUUUACCUCCGGGUAAAUUGCCUGGUUUCGUACACAGUCAGAGAGUAAGUGCCGACAUACUUGCGUAACCUUGCGUAUUUAGCUGUCAAAGAAGAAGAAGGUGGAUGCCUUAGUUCAAUUGGAGUUUGUCAAUUUCCAUGGCGUUUGUACGGCGACUAAAAGAAUGACAGGAUCUUUAGGGCCGAAAACAAAUAAGAUCACCACCAAGUCAGAAGAGUUUACUUUGGCAGUUAGAAAGCCUAAUGGAGAGGUUGGCAUGGUAUCCUCUAAGGUUGCUGAUUUUAACAGAGAAGUAAGUUGUUAUAGUUUUAUAUGUAAUUGAAUCUUAGAUGUUGAAUCAUUUUGGAGUCACCGCUGCCGUCUUGAAUUAUGUCAUAUUUUGUCAUCAAGAAGAAUCAACUUGGCCCUUGAGCGAGCCGAAAGAAUUGAAAUUGCGCUUUGAUGCUAUUUUUGAAGUUUCGAAAUAUGUGAAAGCAAUGGAAGGGCUUAAGGAUACCAUCAAGGAGUUGGUAUGCCGAGGUUAUGUUGCAUGUAACCGAAGUUUAUUUUCAGCAAGCCGAAUUGUUGGUUGUAACCACGGAAAUUCCAUACCUUGACCAGGCGAAUAAGGAUCGGGCCCAAUUAGUUUUGAGUAGAGAAGAGACCAACAAUCAACUUACUAGAUUUCGAAAGGAUAUCAAGGACGACUCCAAGGAACUGAGGGAAGUGGAAGACGAAUUAAAGAAGAAUCGGAAGGACACUGAGGAAGUGACAAAGAUGGAGAAUCAAGCAGGUAUUAGCAUUGUUUUUAGACAUUUCAACAACGAUGUUCUUCAGCUCUCAUAUCCAAUGAGAUAAAAAAUGUCCAAGAAUCUCUACAAGGCCUCAAGGUUGAUCCUUUCCCGGGCACAAAAGAAGAGUUGCAGUGCAGAAUAGAUCAGGUUUGUGUUUUAGAUGUUGUAUUAGGUAUCUGGAUUCCUAGUCCUUGCGAUCUAGUCAAAUGACGGAUAUAACAGCGAAGCGAGAAAAGACCAAGGAAACUGAACUCAGAUUGUAUGCAGACUUGGCAUUGUUUAAUUCAGAAGCGGAACAAAUCCAGGCUGCCUUAAAUACGGCUGAAGCAAAUGAAAUGGUACGGAUUGUAAUGAUUGUUCCACAUUUGUCGUUUUAGAUGUUAAACAAUUAUAAAACAGAAUGCGAUGACUUGGUCAAACAAGGACAAGAAAAAUAUGGUAUCCAAGGUAAGGUUUUUAUUUCCGAUACGGUUAUUGCUUAGGAGAUGGCGCCCAUUUCAUCGCUUUCUUCACUAGCACUUUGAAGUCCUUAGAGUCAGACCUGAAGAACCUCGACAAUCUAAGAAGCGGUGAUCGUCAACAAGAUGGUUUGGAUUUGAAUGAGGCCAGGAGGUUGUCCCAUGAAAAUCAAAUCAUGCAUACUGUGAAGAGCAGAGAAGAAGACAAUCUCAUCAUUUCUGUGCAAAAAACGGAGAAAAGUCUUAAGGAAGUGACCGAAAAGUAAGAAAGAAUUCAGUUUAUUGUUAAUAUUCUUUUAGAUUAGACCAACUCUAUUCGAACAAGAAUCAUUUAAAGGUCAGGUUGAACAAGAUGAUUCAAAGAGAACGGGUUGAUCUUGCACUUGUCUCGAAUCAGCUGAGUGGUCUUCAGAAUGAGGCCAAUGUUCUCACAGAUCUCUCUUCUCAUGAGAUUAAUAUUGAUGAUCUGAUUGACGGGGUUGAGGGGCUCAGUGUGGAUCACGAACAGGCUUUUGAGAAACUCUCGGUCAGAUUCUUGGCUAACAGGUUACGGUAAGACGUCUAUUGGUUCGUUUGCAAAGUCGCUGAAGUGAGUUCGGCAACAUGCACUGUGCAAAAAAUUCAAGGUAUGAGCUGUUCCAAAAAAAAAAACCAUUUGCACGAUGAAAAAAAGUACAAAAUUACAAAGGUGCAUGUCGCAUAAAUCAUUCUGCGACUUUGCGAACGGGCUCGUAUAAUAAUAAUUUUAUGAUGGAGUCUAGGAAGAACGUAAAUUUAUCCGAGAAAAGAGAUGGAGUAGAAGAAUUGAAGAGAGUGCAGACGGAAGUGGUGGACCUCAAGAAGGAACUGAAUGAAUUGGAAGGAACGGAAGUCAUCUACAGAAAAUGGGCGGCGUCCCUCGAUGAAACGGGCGAUUGUCCGCUUUGUGAAAAGAAAUGCAACGAGAAAGAUGGUCACAAAAUGAAGGACAAGGUAAGAAUGGCAAGGGUUAUAUACUGGUUUGUAGUUAAGCGUUGUGAAUUUGAAUGAAGAAAUAAUGAAAAUCAAAAGCAAACUGGCUGAAGCACAGAAGAAGGAGAUGAAUUUGAUCUUCCAUCAGAGAGUCAGAUAUGUGAAUGAUGAGAUUAAAAUGGUCAGAGAGAAGAUCGAAAAGGAAAGUGAAGUCUCCAGAAUGGAAGCUGACUUAAAUAGACAGGUAGGAAGACGGUUAAAGUUACAGGAAUCCGAAAAAUUCAGAUUGAGAAUGUUGAAAAAAUCAUUUUCCAAACUGAAGGAAGUAAGUCCAAGUUUGAAGCUGACCUGGCCGAGAAGAAGAGCGCCUUGGCCAGUGUUCAAGUCGAACUUGAGCAGAUUCGGGGGCGAAGAGAACAACUAAAGGCCAAUUUGGAGAAGUGUAAGAAGAAAGUGGAAGAUACGGAAGUCAGAAAUAGAACCGAAAGAAACGAAUUAUCAUCUCAGAUCACGGAAAGGAAAAGUUUCUUGGAUUCUCUCACCCGCAUACAUCAGAAAUUGGCAAAUCAACGGAAUCUGAGUGUAAAUAAAGAGGAAUCGGAAAGAAGAAAGAUAGAGUUAAAUGAGAAGAUUGAAGCCACGAGAAGAGAAAUCAACAAUUGCACUAUCACUUUAGCUAACUGUGAUAACGAAGAAAGCCAACACAGAAUUCUGGAAUUGCAAAUGAGAAUAAUGAAUGGUCAGGAAAAGAUUGUUGGACUUAAAGCUCAAUUGGCAUCAUUGGGAAUCAAACAAAAACCAAGUCUUCAAGAGUUGAAUGAAAAGGUAAAGAUACAAAAUAAGGGUAAUGACUGGUUUAGGCCACGUCUUUAAACAAGAGGGCGUUGAUCUUAAGAAAUCAAAUAAGCCAAAAAGAGGGAGGAUUAAGCGAGUUACAAAAGAAGUUGAAGGAAAUUGAUAUUAAAUUGAAACAGGACUCCAUGGUUAACGCAAAGGUCAAAUUACAUGAGAGGGUUAUCGAAAAAAUGGUCCUUCAAGCUGGAAUUGAGGACAUCAACAAGUUCAGGAAUGUCCUGGAUGAGAGUAUCAUCGCAUUCCAUCAUGGGAAGAUGGAGGAAAUCAAUGCGAUCCUCUUCGAUCUUUGGCCAAAGGUUUACCAAGGGACUGAUGUGGAAACUAUUCGUAUCAAGUGAGUGGACGUUACGUGUUUUAUUCUUCCAAUAGAUUUUAUUGUAUUUAUGUAUAUGUAGAUCACAACCGGCAUCCGGAACGGAUAAACGAAAGAGUUAUGAUUAUUCGGUGGUCAUGGUGGUGGAACAAGAAGAAAUCGAAAUGAGAGGACGUUGCAGCGCCGGCCAGAAGGUAAGAUCUCCUGAUUUAACAGUAAAUCUUCGUAUAUAGAUGCUUGCUUCAAUUCUGAUUCGCAUUGCGUUGGCUGACGUUUUUGGUAUGAACUGCCCUAUUCUUACUCUGGAUGAACCAACCACAAAUCUGGAUUCGUCAAAAAUUGAGAAUAUGGGAUCCAUGCUUAAGGAUCUGCUGGACGUCUUUAAUUCGGGCGACAAUUUCACUUGCCGUUCUGAUUUGCAACUCAUUGUCAUCACCCAUGAUGACCGGCUUGUUCAAUAUCUUGUGCAGACUUGUCGUCCCGAUUUCAUUCAAGUGUUGAGUAAAGACGAGCUUGGGAUGACCCAUAUCUCAAAGAAGACUUCUUUGGAUUCAUAG